AUGACGGCCCUGUUCACUGGCAAAGAAGAAAUAAUCAAAUUGCUAUUAAGUGUUAAAAUUAAGGUAGAAGAUUGCGGCAUCUCAGGGAUGACUGCCCUUCACUGUGCAAGCAUCGCAUCCGACGACACUGUUGCUACACCCCUGAUAGACCACGGCGCCGAUUUCAGAAGAUUGGACCAAACCAGCCAUUCUUCACUUGAUUUGGCAGCCUGUUUCGCAACGGACACCAAGAUUCUCGAGCUUCUCCUGACAAAAGUGGAGAUAGAACAAUGCGAUUCACAUGGAAUAACUGCCCUGUACAGCGCCGCCAUGGCCUCCAACGCCGUACUCACUCACUAUCUGAUCGAAAGGGGUGCAGACAUCAACCAUGACAUAGGCGGCCGAACUCUAGUACGCAACGCUAAAGCCUCAGUUUAUCAGAAGCAAUCGGUCGAUUGGCAAUAA